CGACGAUCUCGUCGAAGCCGGGAGAUCGAGAUGUUGUCAGAAGUGUUCUUGUUGCUGCGGAUAACAAUCGACGUUGAUCUAAUCGCGAUCCGGAGUCGAUAAAUGUACGAGUGAUUUAGAAAAGUGAAAUAUUCUGAAGAAUUUCCUUCUGUGUUAAGAUUGAUAGUAAAAAAAAGUGGAUGAGAUUUUGUGUGCGAUUGUUUAAUCGGUGAAAGAAUUUAAUUGAGAACAAUAGAAAAGAGUGAUCCGUUUCAAACCGGAUGAGAAGAGAAAAAACGGAAACUUGUUUUUUAUCUUGGAAAACUAUGUUGCGUUCUACGAGAAGCAAGAUAGUAAUGCUUUACGACGUGAAUCUACGUCCAGGGCAAAGGUGAGGAGAUAAUUUUUCGCGGUAGAUCAGACUGACCUCUUUGAAAGGAACAUUUACGAAACACAGAGGCACAUGAAGAGCUUCAAUUGUGAUUUUGCAAACGAGGAUAGGACGGUUCCUAUGGCGAAUAGCGGCCACGGGGUCGCCGUUAACGGUGUAGGAGCCCCUGGUUCGGGCACCUUGUCAAGGGAAGAAAGACGCAGGCGAAGAAGGGCUACCCAAAAGUAUCGAACCGCACAUGCCACACGGUAAGACCACGAUAAGCGGGCGUUCAACUUGGCGUUUGCGGAAUUGCGAAAGUUGCUGCCGACAUUGCCGCCGGACAAAAAGCUUUCGAAAAUUGAGAUUCUUCGGCUGGCAAUCUGCUAUAUCGCUUAUCUGAAUCACGUACUCCAAGCUUGAACUUGCGUAUUUCAACGAGCAGAGAUAGAAAACUUGAAAAACUGUGAUGAUUUCAUCAUCAUCAUCAUCAUUACAAGCU